AUGUCUGGUUAUGCUGAGAGGCAGAGAAUGAGACAUGUGUAACCAAGCCUACCCCUCUCUGUCAGUAGGCUACAGCAUAAACUAGGUUACACAGGGAGCCGCACUCACAAUUGCUCGCUCGCUCUCUCGUAAAUAUUGCUACCCGGGACUGGAAUACUCCCUGUAAUCCCACAGAAAGAUAAAAUCAACGUCAAUCAAUCGGUGUACUUCGCUUCACAAACGAGGGCGAACAGCUGCUCCUGACCCAAGAUCAGUGAUGGGAGGGUGACCCUGUCCCGUCGGCCACCACGCCUGAUCGUCCCAUGUGGCAGCCGCAUGCAUCAUUAUGACCGUGUCACCUCUUUCAACACCUCUAGUAAAGUCACAUCUCACAAGGUGCUGCACAGAAGGAAUAUAAUAACAUCAGGGCCACAUUUUGAUUCUUGAGGGUCUCUGUGGAUUGAAAUACCCUCAUGACUCAGGGCCUGAUGACUAAGAGAUGUGGUCGUGAUCAUUAUUCCACUGGCAGAGCUUUUCACUAAGCAAGAUGUCAAUGACCACAGAAAAUGGAGUGGGAGGGUAUCGGAACACAAGCGGAGAGAAAACAUACAAGAAGACCACGUCGUCGGCCCUGAAGGGGGCCAUCCAGUUGGGCAUCGGCUACACGGUGGGAAACUUGACCUCCAAACCUGACAGAGAUGUUCUCAUGCAGGACUUCUACGUUGUGGAGAGUGUCUUCCUGCCCAGUGAAGGGAGCAACCUGACACCGGCGCACCACUACCCAGACUUCCGCUUCAAAACCUACGCCCCGCUGGCCUUCCGCUACUUCCGAGAGCUCUUCGGGAUCAAACCAGAUGACUACCUGUACUCCAUCUGUAAUGAGCCUCUGAUUGAGCUGUCCAAUCCCGGGGCCAGCGGCUCUCUGUUCUACCUGACCAGCGAUGACGAGUUCAUCAUCAAAACCGUCCAGCACAAAGAGGCAGAGUUUCUCCAGAAACUACUCCCAGGUUACUACAUGAACCUGAACCAGAACCCACGCACGCUGUUGCCUAAGUUCUACGGUCUAUACUGCAUCCAGUCUGGAGGCGUCAACAUCCGGCUGGUGGUGAUGAACAACGUGCUGCCGCGCUCUGUCAAGAUGAACUACAAGUACGACCUGAAGGGCUCCACCUACAAGAGACGUGCCUCCAGGAAGGAGAGGGAGAAGGCCUGUCCCGUCUACAAGGACCUGGACUUCCAGGACAUGCAUGAAGGGCUCUACUUCGACGCUGACACCUACAAUGCCUUGAUGAAGACCCUACAGAGAGACUGCCUGGUGUUGGAGAGCUUUAAGAUCAUGGACUACAGUCUGCUUCUGGCCGUGCAUGUUCUGGACCAGAGCCCGAAGGAGGGCGGCGAGCCGGGCCAGGCAGUGGGGGAUGGCAAGCGGCCCGUGGCCCAGAGGGUCCUCUACUCCACAGCCAUGGAGUCUAUCCAGGGGGACGGCAAGGCUGCCGAGGCCCACACCACAGACGACACGAUGGGUGGAAUUCCUGCCAAGUCACACAAAGAAGAGAAGCUGCUUAUUUUCCUGGGCAUCAUCGACAUCCUGCAGUCCUACAGAUUCAUUAAGAAGUUGGAACACUCAUGGAAGGCCCUGGUCUACGACGGCGACUCUGUCUCGGUGCACCGGCCUGGUUUCUAUGCCAACCGAUUCCUCAAGUUCAUGAGCACUUCGGUGUUCCGGAAGACUCCGACCAUUCGCUUCUCCCCUUCUAAGAGGACUCACACAUCCAUCCCUGCUCUGAAGUCGUCCUCUCAGGAGAUCCUGUCUUCUCAGAAGGAAGAGAAGGAGGAGGAGAGGAGGCAGAGUCUGGGAGGAGCACGCAGUCUGGCCAGUCUAGACGGACAAGUGUUUGGCUCCUACCUGCGUCCUGACCUAGUCCCUGACACCCCAUCUUCCUACGAGGGCUCCUCCAUGGGAACCAUCUCCUCCUCCUCCAUCAACCUGGAGACCCAGUCUGAAGACAGAGAUGAAAUGGCAUCCAGCUCAACAUUCACCCUGCAGGACAGCGCCAUCUGUCUGACUUCAGAGCAGAGCACCAUGGACGUAGAGGUGGACAUGGACCGGGAUGAUGGCUCAGUGCUCGAUGUCUACUUGUGAAAGGGGAGACUUACAGACUACUACGAUUUUGUCAAUCGUCUUGACAAUCACUACACUCCAUUGGACAGGGCUCCUUUGACUCCACCCCCAACGCUGCUAAAUCCACUAUUGCCAAACACAAAGGACUGGGAUGCUCACACCUGAUAGGCUGAUGAACUAAAACAAGACACAAAUGGAAUUACAUGUCAGACCGUGUCAGUGAAGUCCCUCAUGGCCUAUAAAGACAAGCAUAUAUAGAAAAUAUACAUUCAUUUGAAUGUUUUCAUUUUCCUGCUGACCAGAAGUUAUUACACUUUCUUCAUAGUAGCUGGUUGGAUAAUGAACAUUUAGUGACAUCUUGGCAGAAGUGUAACAGUGACAUGGAAAACACAAGGCCAAUAUGGAUGAGCCUGGACUCAUAAUGCUGUUAAAAGAACGGAUAUUAUAUUCAUUCUGAAACCACCAAGCCAAGGCCAAACUAAAGACUCAUUGGCUGGUAUGUUGAAGGUACCAAACCAACCAACACAUUGCUAUUCAUUCCAAUCAGACAGGAUGAAAGGAGCAGUUUGAAGGCUGCUGUCGACCUGGUCAAUCUUCUUGGAUCUUCAGCUUCAUUGAAGAGGAUGGCGAUAUACACUCGCCCCUGUCAAAAUGGCACUUUGGAUGUUAGUUAUGAUUGUAAUAACUAUUUUUCCUUGACGAAAGUUGGAUUAGUGGAAUAUGCACACCUAUGUAUGUAAUAAGUACAAUGGUAGAUUUUUUUUGAUGCACAGAAACUAAUUUUAUAGGGAGGGGUGUCAACUGAAGAUUUCUCAGGAUAUCCUUUGAUACUGAAGAACGAGUGUGUCCUCUAUUGUUAACUAACCAGUAGUUUGCCUCCAUUUUAGACAGAAUUCAGAAUGUGUCAGAUCUAGGAUUCCACCUGUCGGUUUUGAUUAUAUAUAGUUUGCUGAAGAUAAAUAUUUUAAUCACUGAAUGUGAAGAAUCUUAUAAAUAAAAUGCGUUCCACUUG